AAUUUCCCAAAGUCAUGAAGUUCCUUCUGUUAUUAUUCCCAGUGCUUCUGCUUGCGAAAUCUCCCGAAAAACGGUCAAAAGUCGGCAUUGAUGAAGAUAAUUUUCUGCAAUUGCUAGAAGUAGAAAUUGCGAGAACCUUGAGAAGCGAAUUGAGCAGUGAUGAUGAUCUACAGAAUUUGGAAGGAAGUUCUGAUUCUCCAGAAGAUGACUAUUUGAAGAAGUAUGACCUGAUCCUAUCGUCCUCAACAACAAGUCCUAAACCCAUAACGACCACUGAAACAACGACAAGAUCAACGACCACCACUACCACAACAACAACAACAACAGCUGCUCCAUCAACGACAACAUCCACUGUCAAAAUCACACCAAAACCUCUUCGUUCGACACCUCAAUGUGUACCUGAGAAGGAUUGUUACAAGGAUUCAGAGUGUCCAUCGGGAAAAUGUUUCGGAAGUGAGCUUGGACUAUGUGACUGUAAUGCUUGCAUUACUAACAAAAAGUGCAGCAGUGAUUUGGAUUGUGGUGGCCUACGAAAUGGUUGUGAUUCCAAUGGAAAUUGUGAUUGUGUCAAUGCAUUCCAUUCUCACGGAUACAAACUUUUCGUCAAAGUACUUCUGACAUUCUGCCAUCAAACAAAAUGUACAAAAACAUCAGACAAUUGUUAUGGUCUUCCAUGCCGAGUCGGAAAAUGCAAAUGUUUUGUUGGUUCUGGAGUUGGCUCAAAACUACCUGUGCAUUAUUUCAAGCCAGCUGGAAAAUAAUUAUCAUUCAAUGUAGAUAGUCAAUAGAAACUUUCACGUAAUCAUCAUUCUUUUCGGGUUGAAUAAAAUGAUAAAUGAAU